CAUAGCUCCUACCCCGAUGAGGAGGGCCCCAAGCACUGGUCCCCGCUGCGCUAUGAGCACGUCAUGCGGCUGCGGCAGGCGGCGCUGGAGGCUGCCCGAGCUGCUUGGUCCGAUUACCUGCUGUUCCUGGACGCUGACAACGUCCUCACCAACCCCGACACCCUGGGGCUGCUGAUGGCCGAGAACAAGACGCUGGUGGCGCCGAUGCUGGACUCGCGGGCGGCUUAUUCCAACUUCUGGUGUGGGAUGACCCCGCAGGGUUACUACCGCCGCACAGCCCUGUACCUGCCGGUGCGGCGCCGGGAGCGCCGCGGCUGCUUCGCGGUGCCCAUGGUGCACUCGACCUUCCUGCUGGACCUGCGCCGCGCCGGCACCGCCGCGCUCCGCUUCCACCCCCCCCCGCCCGACUACGCCGGCGCCCUGGACGACAUCAUCGCCUUCGCCCACGCCUGCCGCCGCGCCCAGGUGCAGAUGUUCGUGUGCAACCGGGACGUUUACGGCUUCCUGCCGGUGCCGCUGCGCGCUCACAGCUCCCUGCAGGAUGAGGCCGAGAGCUUCCUGCACGUCCUGCUCGAGAUCAUGGUGAAGAACCCCCCCGCGGAGCCGUCCCCCCACGUGUGGGUCCCGCCGAAGGUCCCGGAUAAGAUGGGAUUCGAUGAGGUUUUCCUCAUCAACCUGCGGCGCCGCGCCGAGCGCCGGGCGCGGAUGCUGCGGACGCUGCAGGAGCAGGAGAUCUCCUGCAAGCUGGUGGAGGCCGUGGAUGGGAGGGCCAUGAACAGCAGCGAGGUGCAGGCGCUGGGCAUCCGGAUGCUGCCGGGAUACCGGGAUCCGUACCACGGCCGCCCGCUCACCAAGGGGGAGCUGGGAUGUUUCCUGAGCCACUACCGGGUCUGGCAGGAGAUCGCGGCGCGGGGGCUCGGGGCCUCGCUGGUCUUCGAGGACGAUCUCCGCUUCGAGAUCUUCUUCAAGCGCCGCCUCCGGACCCUGAUGCAGGAGCUCGAAACGCAGCGGAUCCCGUGGGACCUCAUUUACCUCGGCCGGAAGCGGAUGCAGCUGGAGCGGCCGGAGCGGCCGGUGCCGGGGGUGCGGAACCUGGUGGAAGCCGGUUACUCCUACUGGAGCCUGGGCUACGUCCUGGCCCUGCGCGGCGCCCGCAAGCUCCUGGCGGCCCAGCCCCUGGCCAAGCUGCUGCCCGUGGACGAGUUCCUGCCCCUCAUGUUCGACAGGCACCCGAU